AUGCACACGCAGUCUGAGCAGGAUGCCUUGCCGCUUGAUUAUUAUCCAUCGCAAGUGCCCAUAGCCUCCUCUGAACACAUCGCCGCGAAGGCACAUGGCGAAGAAGCAAGUUCUGAUUACAAUGGCCUGUGCUUCCCACCGUCUUUUCACGAGAGCCAUGUAGUCUCUGCCGAGCCCGCAGAUACAGAGAUGCAGCGCGCGACAAGUACAAGGGACGUGGCACAGCAGUCGUGCAUGCCAAAAAAGCAAGGCUCCUGGCGCUCCACCGUGUCUACAGCUACAAGCAAGAGCCACUCAUGGGACGCAGCGACAAGCCAUCCGUACUUCCGACCCAAAGACCGCAUCCCACGGUACAGCGGGAGCGGUAAUGCCUUGCCAAAACACAGUCUUGACGACUGGUCGGGUUCCGAUGAUGCACUCCCGAGUCUACCUGGCUCGCCGGGAUGGGCGCGCGCACAGCUUCUCGCCGAUCCCAACGCAACCUUGCCGCAGCCUGGCUGUGCCCGGCCCGGGCCCACGCCGCCACGCCUCUUAUCCAGCGACACGGAGAUUGCGCUUUCUGCUGAUACACUGCACCUUUUGUCCCGCUUAAGCAACGUUCCUUUUGGGCACAUGACAAACUAUGUGGAGACGCACGUCCAAGCGCCAUCUCUUCCCCUCGUCCAAGCCCUGCACGACCAGAGCAGUGUGCGCCCAUCCCACUCCGGAUCGUCAAAGAGUCUCAGCAUUUUAAACGACGAGGCAUGUAUGCGCAAUAUGCAGCGUCGCGAGGAAAGUAUGGACGCGUCAGUAGCGCGCACCAUGCAAUUCCGCUCGUUUGACUGGACCGAGUCUGCGUGCAGCAGCAUCACGCACGGCGAAUCGAGUCAAGGGCGAAUCGCAGUUGACUUGCAAUCUCCGUCGGCCUUUGCGUGUGUUUCUCGCGUCUUUCCUCCGUCUGACAAGGGGACCGAAGACGCAUCAGCACUCAGCGAUGCGCCAUCGGCGCAAAAAUCCCGCGCAAUGUCGCCUUUGCACACCAGCGAUCUUGUGGGCCCCGGCCUGUUUUGCGAUGGCGCAUUGAUCCAAGCCACCAUGAGUCCUGACCGCGAAGGACUUCCCAGCGAGCUCCGUGUCGUCGAGUAUCUCGGCAGAGGAAGCUACGCAGUGGUGUACAAAGUGCAAGAGGUGCUGGAGGCAUCUGCGCCGCACUCCCCACGGCCAUUUGCACUCAAAUGCCUUCCCAAAGAAAACCUCACGCCCGAGAUGGUCGAGCUUCAGCGCAUCGAAUAUACGAUUCACCAAUCAAUUCCUGUCCAUCCCAACAUUGUGACAUUGCACGGCACCUUUGAAACGCCCGACUGGCUCUUUCUUCUUCUCGAGUACUGCCCAGGGCACGAUCUCUACUUUUGGCUCGAGGAGGCCGACAAUUUUGCACCGCAGGCGUCCGAUGCCGGCUCGCAAUCGGCGUCCCUUGCGGGCUCCGAGCUAAACGAGCUUUCCGAGACGCACGAGAGCCUUGCUGCGCCGUGGCUCCUCUCGCAGUCCUCACCACACUCGCUCUUAUCCCCGCGCCGCUUGGAGCUCGUGGCGGAAAUGUUUGCGCAGAUGUGCCGCGCGGUGCAAGUCUGCCAUGACCACGGCAUCUCGCACCGCGAUCUGAAGCCGGAAAAUUUCGUUGUCGAGGAUCUCCGUACCGCGAGUGCCAACAAUGGCGUGUUGGACAAUACUGUGGUGGUGAAACUGACCGAUUUUGGGCUCGCCACGCUCAAGGACCGGUGCGACGACUUCAACUGCGGCUCGAAGCCAUACAUGGCGUACGAGUGCAGGAACAAUGUGGAGGAUAGCUACAACCCACGAUAUGCUGACGUCUGGUCGCUCGGCAUUGUGUUGCUGAACCUCAUUUUCCACCGUAAUCCGUUCAGCGAGCCUUGUGCCGAGCACUGCGCCUCUUUUUCUGCAUUUUGCUGCAGCCCUAUCCAGUUCCUGGUACGCGCGUUUGAUGGUCUCACCGUCGAAACUGCCAAGUACCUGUGCGACAAUGUCUUUUGCGACGUGACCCGCGGACAGGCAAAGCGAAUCACACCGACUGAAUUUGCCGAAUGGGCGCGCACGUUGCCCCAAAUUUUGGCGCUCGACGAGAAAACAGAGCAUGUGCAGCUCGAAAAUAGCCUCGACUCAAUUUCGCCCCUGUUGCUCUCGCGCAUUGCCAGCAGCCAGGCGUACAGUCGCUACGGCAGCAGAGUAUCGAGCCGUACACCGUCGCUGCAGCGGCAAGCCUUGUCGAAUUCGUGGCAUAUGACAUUUUCAAACCGCAUCACAUCACUCCGCAAAGAGAUAUCUCCGACGCCCUCGGGCGCUGCAUGCUCCAACUAA